AUGGACAUUAAUGUUGGACAACCAACUACAAAUAAUAAUUUCAGUACACAAAUGCAAGAAAUUCAUGAAACAAUAAAUGUUCUUGCAAGUGGAAUUCAAAUAUUAAAUGAUGAUACACAACAUCUUUGCAGUAAAUCAAUACAAUUACAAAGUUCAAUUGAAUUGUUGACACAAGACUUUUCAUCGCUCAAAUUGAGUGUUCAAGAACAAAGUUCUUUCUUAGACGUUGUUAAACCUAAUCAAGAAAUUCUUCAACAAGAUGCUGCAUCAUUGAAACAAAAAAUUGAUGAUAUGCAAUAUGUAUCUUAUAAUGGAACAUUAAUUUGGAAAAUAAUGAGUUUUCGUGAAAAACUGAUGGAUGCACAAUCAGAACGGCAAACAUCAAUUUAUUCACCUCCAUUCUAUUCAUCACAGACUGGGUACAAAAUGCGAGCUCGACUUUAUCUUAAUGGUGAUGGCAAUACUCGUCGCACACAUAUGUCAUUAUUUUUUGUUCUGAUUCGUAGUCCCAAUGAUUCAAUAUUAAAAUUCCCCUUCAGUUACAAAGUUACUUUUUGUUUGUUUGACCAAACUACUCAACUACGACAUAUUAUCGAUUCAUUUCGACCUGAUAUUAAAUCUAAUAGCUUUCAAAGGCCACGAUCAGAAAUGAAUAUUGCUAGUGGUAUACCUAAAUUCUUUCCAUUGGCAAUGAUUCAACAAGAAAAUAAUCCAUAUGUUCGAGAUGAUAGAAUGUUUAUUAAAAUUAUGGUUGAUUUUGGAGACAUGUCGAAAACAUUGUUACCGUAUGCACUGAGUCUCAAUCCUGGAUUACCAACGCAUAUUCAACAAUUAAUGAUUAAGAAAGAAGCUGAACGAAGAGCACAACAACAAACUCAACAAACAUCUACAUCAGUUGGAAAUCGUUCUGUAACAUUAACAUUACCAACAAGCAAUGAAACACUAUAA